AAAAAAAAAUUCAUUAGCAAUUUGAUUUACGUGAUAAUAUAACAUUAGAUAAUGAUAUAUUUCGUGUAUUACAUUCAUCACUUGUACCAUUUAUAAGUCCAUCAACAAGUAUUGGACCAGAAGAUGAAAUUGAACCCAAAGAAAUUUUUUCAUUUAAAAUUAAUUUUAUACCAAAAAAAUCUGGAAUAUAUAAAACACGUAUACCAUUUUAUAUAAGUCAUAAUCAACAAAUACCUUAUACAUAUAUUGAAUUAACUGGAGAAUUAAUUAUGCUAAGUUUAAUAUUUGAACCAAGACGUUUAAUUCUGCCACCAGUACCACUUGAUAUUGAAAGUGUUGGAACAGUUCGUGUACGAACAAAAGAUGUUUCAUAUGAAUUUCAUGCAUCAUUUGUUGAACCAGUAAUAGUUACCGUUGAUAAACAACAAGAUUUUACGAUGAAAAUAUUUUUUAGUAGUAAUCAUUCAUAUUCGGAAAAACUUAUUGUUAAAAUAAUUGGUGAAGAAAGAAAUAAUUUUGAAUAUGAAGUUUAUGUUACAGCUGAUAAUUCAAUAUUUACAUGUUAUUCAUUUUUAUGGAAAUCAGAAAAUGAUUAUCAAAUUGUUGUACAACCAGGUCAAAUUAUGAAAGGAAGUAGAAUUAGAUCUGAUGAAAAUAAUUUAAGUGGUGAACCACUUUUAGUUCAAAAACGUACAGCAACAAGUUGA